AUCUGUAUUUCUGUCUUCCUCUUGUUGGUAUUGACCCUUCGCCUAUCACCUCAGCAAGGAUUUUUUUCAGUUCUGUCUCAACUGUACUUUGCUGGCACGUCUUACGUUAGAGGAAAGUACUACCUGUGGGAACUAAAGAAAGCAUGGAAGAACCCUCGAUAUUACCAGGAACAGUUUCUGAUGAGAGUUCUCAAGGAAAAUGGUGACACCGACUAUGGAAGGAAGUUUAAACUCGAAGACAUUCGGAACGUGGAAGACUUCCGCAAACGUCACCCGUUGACGACCUAUGAAGAUUACAAACCUUUUGUUGAGCGCGUGAUGGCCGGAGAGCGUGGGGUGAUGACAAAGGCGUUGCCAGAUGCGUUUAUUCAAACUUCUGGAACGACUGGUCCUUCAAAAUAUUUCCCGAGGAGAGAUCACAAGCAUUCCCUUACAAGAUUUCACGAUGUUAUAUAUACCGAAAUAAACAACCUCUGUCCAUGCAUGGGACUUCUGCAAAAGAAAGUAUACCUCUAUGUUCAUCCAGAAAUUUCCACUACUCCAAGUGGAGGUAGUAUAAGGUCUGCUAUGGCAUUUUAUGAAGAUGAUGUCUUCGUUGGGACCUGCUAUAGCACACCACCUGCAGGCUUUGGCAUUCAUUCCCUCAACGAAGCGAAUUAUGUCCAUCUCCUGUUUGCUCUACUCGAUCCAAAUAUUGGUGUAAUUGGUUGCUCAUUUUUAGGUAGUAUUGACACCAUGAUGAGACAGCUUGAGAGAUGGUGGGAAGAUAUUGUCUAUGAUAUAGAGCAUGGAACAAUCAAUGAGAAGGUGAAUUUCGACGAUCCUGCAAUUCGGUCAUCCCUUGAACGGGCUCUUGGUAAUGGUCAACCGGAGAGGGCGGGUGAGCUUCGAUGUCAGUUCAUGAACGGAUUUGACGGUAGUAUCAUGAGAAGGCUUUGGCCGAAACUUGAAGUUCUUCAGGCCAUCGAUAAUUCUGAUGUUUGGCCGGAUCUCAGAGAAAAAUACGCUAAAGGUAUUGCGUUUGUUCACGCCGGGUAUGGAUGUUCAGAGGAAAUCAGUUUAGCACAUUCUCCUUGGUUUUAUGAUGACAACCGUAGUAUGGUAUUCUGGCUUAACGUGGCCUUCUAUGAAUUCAUCAAACUUGCAGACUCGGAAGAAAGUCAGCCUAAAACUCUUCUCAUCGAUGAACUGGAGAUCGGGCAGGAGUACGAGAUCGUCUUCACCCAAGAUAGUGGGCUCUAUAGAUACCGGGUCGGAGAUGUCGUACGGAUAACCGGAUAUCACUACAACUGCCCUACAUUCGAAUUCAUGUAUCGGAUGGGCCUAAUGCUGAACGUCCGUUAUGAGAAAACAAAUCAGGUUGUUCUUAAACAAGGACUCCAGGCGGCCGUUGGCAGGUUCAAUGGUGUUAGGCUUGUCGAGUAUGCAGUAGCGGAGAGCAAUCUUAUUCCGAAAUCUUCAUCAGCUUUUGAGGAAAAUGAAGACAUGCCGUAUUACGUGAUGUUCUUAGAGCUGGUCCAAGAUGAUACUUCAAAUGAAAAUAAAGAGUCCGCAGUUACAAAUGCUAACGAAAUUACAAUUGUAAUCGACAAAGAGUUAUGUGAACGCAACAGUGUCUACAAGAAACUUCGCAGAGAUGGCUCUAUAGCACGCCCUCGCGUUCACAUCGUUAAAGCGGACGCGUUUGAACAAUUGAGACAACGCGUGAUACAAACUACUAACACUACUGCAAACCAGUACAAAGUGCAACGAAGAAUUCGAAGUGUGGACACUCUCGACUUUAUGUAUGCUCACGUGUUAGGUAGUUCUACAACGGAUUAAAACUAUGAUUUAAGAAAUGAUCGAGAUAUUUGAACCUGAGAACUGCUUCUUUACUGGCGUAAUCUAUACAUGUAUCUAGGCGUAAUUUUUGAAGCCCUGAAUGAUGUAAUACCGUGUGCGUAAGAAAAUGCUUGACACCUCACAAAUUCCCCAAUAAAAUAAGGAUAAAACAUUCCAUGAACACAUAUUUAUCUAUUUACAUUUAUUAUAUAUGGCUUAAAAGAGAAUUUCUCCCAAAUAAUUUGAUACCAUAUUUAUGUGGUGUGUGUUAACGCUUGAAUAAUUAGGAGGUAUUUUUAUUACUAUGAUGUAAAGCUCGAUUUGCGCCAAAGUAAGGCACGGCAACAAUGAGUGAAUCCAGAUGCCAAUGGUGUCAUAAUCCUACAUGAGUUAGUAAACAUAUUUGCAAACCUCUAUUCAUAGAAAUUAAGAUGAGAAUUGAUAAUAAAACGUCUCUAUUAUAAACAAUACAAUGUUCAAAGUGCUUUGAAAUUGAUUUAAUGCAACC